AUGGAUUCCCCCGACAUCAACGCUGCGAUGAAUGCUCCAAGCGUUCCAGUCCUUUCGACCUUCCCCAAAUUUCCCCUCUUCCCUAAGGAAAUUCAAGUUAAGAUAUGGUUCCAUGCCCUUCCAGACGGACGAAUGUUUUUUGCAGGUAUAUACGGAGUAUUUCCCCAUCCACAGCCUCAUCCACUGUAUGAUGUGAGUCCAGAGUCUCGCGAAGUGUUUCUCAAACAUUCCAAAAGACUCCCUACUCAUACCGCGGGUUGUGUUUACGCCGAAUGGAGUCAAGAUCCCAUCUUUUACAGUCCAUUAAGAGAUACAAUCGUUUGUGAAUCCGACUUGCUACGCACGUGCUACUUGCAUACCUCCAAAAAAACACUCCUCUCCCAAGAUCUGGCUUGUUGCGACGAGAGGAAAAGGUUUUUCGCUGCACUUCGUCACAUAGGCGUUCUAGCGGAUUGCCAACAGUACGCUAUCCCCGAUGGAGAUUGCAGUUUCAAUACUAUUGAUCGUUUUUUGAUGUUGAGCGAUGGCAACAUGUCUUUCUACGCACAACUCUUCACAGAUUAUCCAAGGCUUAAGUCUUUCAGUUUUGUGAUUGGAUCCGAAGCCGUCCAAAAAAAGGCCAGAAAAACUUCGAAAAUGCGAUCUGCCAAGGCGAAUUACUCGGAAGAGGCAAUAUUGGAGGAAUUCUAUCAAGAAAAGAUGGAAGAGACACGAAAUGUUGUUGAAAAGUGGAAACAAUUGCAUCCUGAAGCAAUCGUUCCACAAAUUGAGAUAGUUUACGCUGCCGCGGACACAUUUUCAGAAUCAAUAUCAAAAUGA